AUGCUGACAUCAAUUACUUGUUUAUGGCUUGAUCCUUAUCAAGAUACCCCAGUGGAAAUCUUGCAUGUCAUAUUGCUUGGAUUUGUGGAGUAUUUCUGGAGAGACACAAUUUCCAGGCUGAAUGAUGUUCAACUCACAUCAUUUGAUGUCUCCAGACUUGGCAUCCCUGAUUUGGCAGGUCAAACGUUGGUUCAAUAUGUGGGCUCCCUCACCAGAUGUGAUUUUUGCACAAUUUCUCAGCCUGCACCAUUCAUCCUCUAUGAUCUUGUUCCAUGUGAAUGUUACAAGGCCUUCCUUGCCCUGUCUUUGCUUGUCCCUCUGGUUUGGCAUAUUGACAACACCAAAGAGCACUUAGGUAUUUUUCAAGCAGCAAUUGAUUGCAUCCUCAACUGCACAGCCUGCUGGACACCCCAAUGGUUCAAUAAACCCAAGUUUCACAUUAUUUGCCACCUGCCCCACCAUAUCUGA